AUGAAAUUGGCUGUGGCAGAGCGCAAGAGGAAGGGAAAAGCCAAGGAGGGUGAGGAUGAGGCAGGCGCUUCUGGGCAGAAUAAGGAUGAGGAGGGAGAGGAAGAGGAUGUGGAUGGGGAAGUGGGCGAAGAUCAGGAGCUCAUGGAGGAGGAACAGGAGGAGGAGGAUAACCCUUUCCUCUCGGACAUGAGGAUGUGGAGGAGCGGUAGCGCCAGCAGCGGCAGGGACACCGUGAUCCGGGCAAUAGAUAAAGCGGCCAUUCACCGCAUAUGCUCGGGGCAGGUGGUGCUGGACGUGGCAGGCGCGGUGAAGGAGCUGGUGGAGAACAGCCUGGACGCGGGGGCGACGAGUGUGGAGGUGCGCCUCAAGGACUUGGGCGCGGAGCUCAUUGAAGUGGCGGACAACGGCUGUGGGGUGGCGCCCCCCAACUGGCAGGCACUGACCCUCAAGUACCACACGUCCAAGAUCGCCCAUUUCUCCGACCUCCAAUCGCUCUCCUCCUUCGGCUUCCGAGGGGAAGCCCUCUCCUCCCUCUGCGCCCUUGCUGACGUCACCAUCACCACACGCACCGCCAACGAGCCAAUCGCAACGCGCCUGGUGUUCGACCAUGGGGGAAAGCUUCUGCCCGGCCCUCGGGAACAGGUUGCCCGGGCAGUCGGAACGACGGUCAGCGUGGCGAAGAUUUUCUCGCCGCUGCCCGUGCGGCGGCGGGAGUUUGAGCGGAACGUUCGGCGCGAGUUUGCGAAGCUGGUGAGCGUGCUGCAGGCGUACUGCGUGGUGUCCGCAGGUGCGCGCAUCCUCUGCACCAAUCAGAGCGGGCGGAGCAGCGCGCGCACCACUGUGGUGCAGACAGCUGGCACGGGGUCGAUGCGGGAGAACAUCAUCGCUGUCUUUGGCGCCAAGGCCGCUGCGGGCCUCGACCCCGUCGACAUCACCUUCCCUCUCUCCCCUGCUGCCGCCGCCGCUGCCCCUCCUGCUCCUGCUACUCCUUCUCCCACUGCUACCAGUGCAGCUGCCACUGCCUCUGCGCCGCUACCAGCCUCCUGCUGCCGAGUAACCGGGUUUCUAUCAAGGCCAGGAGCAGGCAGUGGGAGGUCAGCGGGCGACCGGCAGUUCUUCUUCCUCAACGGCCGCCCAGUGGACUUGCCGCGCCUCUCAAAGCUGCUCAACGAGCUCUACCGCUCCUUCAACUCCCUGCAGUUCCCCGCCGCUUUCCUAAACGUUUCACUUAGCGCGGACGCGUAUGAUGUGAACGUGACCCCCGAUAAGCGCAAGGUGUUUUUGCAUUCGGAGGCGGCGCUGCUGUCGGGGCUGAGAGCGGCGUUAUCGGAGUUCUAUUCUCCGGAUAGGUAUGUUUACCGAGCCGCGCCGGCUGGUUCGGUGGGGAAGGAGAUUGAGGAACGGGCGAGGAGGGAGGCUGGGGAGAAGGGAGGGGUGAGAAGGGGUGUGGGAAGAGGGGUAGAGGGUGGGGAGGAUGAGAGGGAGGGUGGUGAAGAGGGAGAGGAGCGGGAGGAGGGGAGGAGGAAGCGAGUGAGGGUGAGUGGUGAUAGUGGUGAUGGUGCUGCUGCUGGUGCAAGGGGGGGUGGUGAAAUAGGGGAUGCUGAUGAUGAUGGGAGGGGGGGCGGGGGAGAUGAGUUGAACGGGGAUAUGGAUGGGGAUGGGCUGAUGGAGGAGGCGGCAGAAGGCGGGGAGGAGGAGGAAGGGGAGGGCGACAGAAGGGAGCCUCUACAUCAGUUUGAGCGCAGGAAGGAAGGAGACAAAGCAAUGCUAGGGGUAGCAGUGGGUGAAGCAGCACAUGAGGGGGCAGUGGGGGGGUUGGCAAGGGAAACAGGGGAAGUAGUAGGAGGGCGAGGAGAAGCCCGCAAGGUAGCAGCAGUAGGGUCAGGAGGAGCAGGGGGCACAGCAGGUGGUGCAGCAGGAGCAGCAGGGGCAGCAGGAGGGGGUGCUGGCAUGCUGCAGUGGAGCGAGAGCAAGGCGGCCGCCAUGCGCCGACUGCUGCUCAUGAGCCCCCAGGGCAAAGGCAAGGCCAAGGGCAAGGCCUUGGGUUUGGGUAUUGGUGUGGGUGGGGUUGGGGGUGUGCGUGUGGGUGUGAGUGAGGGCAGAGGCGGAAGUGUGGAGUGUGUUGGCGGCACAGCAGACCGGAUCUCGUUGUCUCGGGGGGCAGUGGGUGGAAGGGAGCAAGCGCGUGCGUGGCAGGGGUAUGAGACGCGACACAAGGCAGCUGCUGAGCGGGAGAGAGACUGGCAGAGAGCGCAGCGAGAGGAGGAAGAGGAAGAGGAAGCAGAAGCGGAAGCGGAAGAGGAAGAGGAAGACGAAGAGGAAGUGUCAAAGAAAGAAGAUGCGGAAGAGGAGGAAGAGGAGAGGGAGUGCGAAGGGGCUAAUGUGGGCAGAAGGGAUGGCAGCAGCAGGGCACUGAGGGGAGAGGGGCAGCGAUCCCUGAGGGGGGUUGCUUCUCAGGCGCAAGGGAAGGGAAUGGGGGGGGUGGGGAGGGAAAGGUCGAGGGGGGAGAUCAGCGGAGGGGUGGAAAGGGCGCGGGGAGGUGCGGAUGGGAGACAGGCAGGGCUUGAUGCGUGGCUGGGGAAGGGGACUGGGGGAGGAAGCGGAAGAAAAGGGGGUAGAGUGGAUGGGGGGCAUGUGAGGGAGAGAGCUGGGGGGAAGGUUUGGGCGGAGAAGGGUGGGAAGGAUUUGAAGCGGUUAGUGGUGGAGAGAGAGGAGGAUGAGAAGGGGGAUGAUGAGAGGGAGGAGGAUGAGAGAGAGGAGGAUGAGGAUAGUGAGGAGGUAAGGGAAGUGGAGCAGGUAAGUGGGGAGGGAGGAGGAAUGCAAGUGGAAAGGAGUGGGAGGCACGAUGAGGAAAGGAAUGAUGCUACCCAAUGUGGGGUUGAUGGUGCCUUGCAGGAGGCAACCCGAGAUGAGUGGGCAGGUAAAAAUGUUCUGGAUCUGCCCUUGAUGACUCAAGAAAUGACCCAGGCCGACCUGCCCGAACUGAUGGGUUCACAACUGCUGCCCGGUACCCAGUUGGCAGGGCAGCAGGAAAGGUUUGCGGAGGCGGUGGCAGAGGGGGCAGGGAAGGGGAGAUGUUGCGGUGGGCACACAGGGGAGUUGGAAGAGGGCGAGGGACAAGAGAGAAGCCAAGGAGGGGAGAGGAUAGAAGGAAUAAUGGCGGAAGAGGGGGCUGCGUUGGGUACGAACCGAGUGGCAUGGUCAGGGGGGGGGUGGGAGGUGAAGGGCGGAGAGGGCAGCGUGCAAGUGCAAUUCGACAUGAGACGCGUGCAGCAGGUGUGGCGGCGACGAGCUGAGAUGCGGGAGAGAGAGGCGAGGGAGGAGAGAGCAGGGAGGGAGGGGAGAAAGGGAGUGGGAGGGAGCAGCAGGGGCGAGAGGCAGAGUAGUUUUGCAGCAGCGUCGGUGGCAGAUGGUGCGGGUAACGCUGCACACAGCAGUGGUGGAAGGAAGAUUCAGCAGGGCGAGGGGGAGGGCAAGGAGGCGGCAUUGGAGGCGGCAGCGAGGGAGUUAGAGAGGCGGUUUGACAAGCGCGACUUUGCAAGCAUGGCCGUGAUUGGCCAGUUCAACCUUGGGUUCAUCAUUGGACGGCUGGGAUCUGAUCUCUUCAUCGUGGAUCAGGUACAGCGUGUCUCUUAG